AAUGGAACCUUCAAUAGAACAGAGUCUGGAUCCGUCAUGUUUUUGGUGAAAACCUUAAAGCUUUGCGAAAAUUUGAGCGCCAAUCUUAUAGCUGUUUUGAAUGGGCUAUACGUAGCAAUAGCGUCCGAAUCAGAUUUACUUAUCUGGCCAAUUGAUGCUCUGAAUUACAAUCCGAACCGGCUUAAUGGCCAUUCCAAAAUAAUCACUGGGUUGACUUUUGGGGUCGGCAGUGAUGAUGAAAGUGUUGUUUUGUGUAGUUCCGAUGCUGAUCAAAUACUGAUUUGGACUAUUGGUAUCGGGGGGUUUUCAGAUGACAGUAAAGUCUUCAAACAUAACUUCGGUGCCCAUGAAUGCAUCAAAUUGUGUCCGCGUGACAGUUAUUUGGCAAUUACAGCACAGAAUGUUGUCCAUGUUUUGGCACUCAAAUGUAAAUCGAAAGAAAGUGCUACCAUUACUUUGGAUGCCCAUACAUCGCCUGUAAUCAUGGUCGAAUUUUCCUACUUCUCGAUUGAUCUACUUAUUACAUGUUCGGCCGAUAAAACUUAUGCCGCCUGGAAUUACAACACGGGAGCCCUAAUGUACCAAAGUAGCAUCAAUGUUUUCGGCAUGUAUACAUGCGUAGCUAUGGACCCGAUAACAGAUAGAUACGCUGUGGGAACUUCUAAUGGAUUAGUUUCAAUUGUACAUGCUCCAAACUUUUCUGAACCACAGGUUAUAGACGUGAACAAAAACUCUCUCAGGCGUAACCAUAGUUCGGAAUCUCCGCGACAAACCUCAGAAGGAGAACUUAUUUCCAUGUUUUUCACUAUGAAACCAACUAUGCCGAGUAGUGAUGCGUAUGCGUUUCAAAAUCGACCAGGUCUCGUGACUUCUGGUGUGCGAAUUGGAAGGAAAUCUCCCACGAAAGAGCUUCUAGAGUGGCCCUCUCUGUUGGUGCUUGGAUUUUCAACAAAUGUUGUACUGUUACAUUCUUGGACAUUUGAAAAGCUGUUUCAUUUCGACUUCACCGAAUCUCUAAUUUGUCAUUUUGACGAUCCGAGAAAGAAGUCACAAGUUAGUUCUGCGUUCAGUUUCUGCUUCAUGGACAUGGAAGAUUCCCUCGAGUUGUGGUGCAUGGUAAAUGAAAUGACGUCAAGUUUCAACGGAGUCCAUCUGCUAAUGAUGAGUCAUCCCUUUGCUCAAAACAGUUUAUUGGAUUCUGAAAAUGCCGCGGAAAGUGAUUUUGCGGGGCUGUCUGUGGUCGCAACCACUGCCCCUCUGUAUACUUCGCCUCUGAAACCUAAAGUGUGCAGGAAGCCAACUGUCAUGGCUGCGAGAGCCAAUAUGUCAAAGGCAGCAAAAGGUAGCAAGACUUCAAAAACUGCUCUGAGAAAUGCUAAUGCAAAUAAACCAGUGACUUUCAAAGAGAAGAUCAAAUCAUCAGGUUAUGGAACUCAAGCCCCUCCGAGGAAGAUGUUCACGCCUAAGACCGAUUUCAAGUCAUCGUCAGCCAACGUUGCAAUGCGAUCUCUACAUAAUGAUGGUUCCAAAAAGCCGCAGUUUUCUCUGAUCGACGACCGGAAAUACCCCAGUGAUGCAGAGCCGCCUGUCCAGGAAAAAGCUGCCAUAGACGCCGAUUCUACUCUGAAGAAACCAAUUACGCAAAUCCGGUUUUCACCAAAUGGCAAGAUGCUGGUUGCUUCUUCCGCAAACAAUAUUGCACAUGUUUUUCAAAUGCCCCUUGGAGGCAGAAGCAGUGCAUUGAAAGGUCACAAUGGACCUGUAAAGGUAGCUACUUGGUCCGUGGACUCUUCUAGAAUAGUCACUGCCAGUGACGACAAAACGGUCCGCAUCUGGAAUUCAACGGGGGAUAGAGAAUUGUGCCUUUGUAUUGACUCGCAUGGCUCAACUCAGAAACCCGAGAAAAAAUUCGAGAAAGAGAUCUCGUGGAGCUCUUUUUACUAUAACGAUGGCCUGGUACUUCUGACAAGUGGGUAUUCGCUUUAUGCAUACUCGUAUCACAUUGAUAUGUCCAAAACGAGUGACAUUAAGACUUACGAUUACAAGUGCAGAUAUUCGAAGGUUCACCAAGUCGAUUUCACAGACUGCGCAUCUAUUACAAGUGCUUCUGCAAUUAAUUCUUUCCUGAGUCACUAUGUUUUUGUUGCUACAUCUGCUAAGAAUUUGUACAUAUAUGACAUGAAUAGAUGCAGCAUCUUGAGGACUUUUGACUCUUGCCAAGAGCGACCUGUACAUUGUAUAAGACAUAAUGAGGGAUCCCUAUACAGUAGGCUAGAUGAGUCUUCGGUUAGUUCGGAGUCGUACAAUAUUUUUGCGACAUCGGCUGUUUGCGACGGGAUUAAACUGUGGGAUGUGCGGCAGAAGUUGUGUGUGCGCAAGUUUGACAAUCACUACAAUAAGUUCUACCACUGUGGGUUUGAUUGGAGCCCAUGUGGCAAAUACAUUGCUUCUUCUUCUGAAGACAGAUGUGGAUAUCUGUACGACGUCACUGCCAGUGCGUAUCUGCACAAGUACACGAGACUGUCCGACAUCGGAACAUCCGUCUCCUUCCACCCUCUCUACCCCGAAGUAGCUUUCUCAUUCAACGACGGAAGAAUACACCUCUUCUCAUCACGGCAAAACAAACCACCUGAUUCUCGGAAAGGAGGAAUGAAAUCAGCCACUACCACUAAUGUAAUCAGGGUUCACAAUAGAAACAGGCCAUCGGAAGGUGGGAGUAAAUUUAGAGAAAAUGCUGUGAGUGAUGUUGUUAGAGGUCAAGGGUCAGGUGACCGAACAGAAGUACCGGAAUAUUCCAGAAGUUCGGCUGUCAAAGAGUUACUUUGAGUGAUUUAUCUGCGAAAUACAUAUCUUUUGCUUUACAUAUCUGCUUGCAAGACGACCUUGCUAUUCUACUGUGGAUCAUAUUAUGUGAAGGUUCUCUUCUCUUGUAGAAUUGCUAUUGCCUUAAAGGUUUCUCUUUUUUUUCCUGUAGGUUACUGGCAAUAAAUUCAAUUCUAUGUGUGCAAUUCGAUGUAAAUAUGUAAUAUGGUAUGGGGUGUACAUAGAUAUAUUUUUUAAAUCAACAUGAUUUCUUACGGUAAAAAUAGCUUCGUUUGCUCUA